AUGGAAGCAGAGACGGGGAGCAGCAUGGAGGCUGGGAAAUCGGCCAACAGAGGCACUCGGAUCGCCCUGGCGGUGUUCGUCGGUAGCACCCUGGUGCUGGGCACCGUCCUCUUUCUAGUGAGUCAAGGUUUCUUACAUCUCCAAGCUAAACAGGAGUACUGCCUGAAGCCAGAAUGCAUUGAAGCUGCUGCUGCCAUCUUGAGUAAAGUAAAUCCAUCUGUGGACCCUUGUGAUAAUUUCUUCCGGUUUGCUUGUGAUGGCUGGAUAAACAGCAAUCCAAUUCCUGAAGAUAUGCCAAGCUAUGGGGUUUAUCCUUGGCUGAGACAUAAUGUGGACCUCAAGUUGAAGGCACUUUUGGAGAAAUCAAUCAGCAGAAGGCGGGACACCGAAGCCAUACAGAAAGCCAAAAUCCUUUACUCAUCGUGCAUGAAUGAGAAAGCAAUCGAAAAGGCAGAUGCCAAGCCAUUGCUCCACAUCCUGCGGCACUCUCCUUUUCGCUGGCCUGUGCUCGAGUCUAACAUCGGUCCUGAAGGGGUUUGGUCAGAGAGGAAGUUCAGCCUUCUUCAGACACUUGCAACGUUUCGUGGUCAAUACAGCAAUUCUGUAUUUAUCCGUUUGUACGUGUCCCCUGACGACAAGGCAUCCAAUGAACACAUCUUGAAGCUGGACCAAGCAACGCUCUCCCUAGCUGUGAGGGAAGACUACCUUGACAAUAGCACAGAAGCCAAGUCUUACCGGGAUGCCCUUUACAAGUUCAUGGUGGACACUGCCGUACUUUUGGGUGCCAAUAGCUCCCGAGCAGAGCACGACAUGAAGUCAGUGCUUAAAUUGGAAAUUAAGAUAGCUGAGAUAAUGAUACCACAUGAAAACCGAACCAGCGAGGCCAUGUACAACAAAAUGAACAUUUCCCAGCUGAGUGCCAUGAUCCCCCAGUUUGACUGGCUGGGCUACAUCAAGAAGGUCAUCGAUACCAGACUCUACCCUGACCUGAAGGACAUUGGCCCCUCCGAGAACGUGGUGGUUCGUGUCCCGCAGUACUUUAAGGAUCUGUUUAGGAUACUGGGCUCUGAGAGGAAGAAGACCAUUGCCAACUAUUUGGUGUGGAGGAUGGUUUAUUCCAGAAUUCCAAACCUUAGCAGGCGCUUCCAGUAUAGGUGGCUGGAAUUCUCAAGGGUAAUCCAGGGGACAACAACUUUGCUGCCUCAAUGGGACAAAUGUGUAAACUUUAUCGAAAGCGCCCUCCCUUACGUUGUUGGGAAAAUGUUUGUGGAUGUGCACUUCCAGGAAGAUAAGAAGGAGAUGAUGGAAGAAUUGAUUGAGGGUGUUCGCUGGGCCUUUAUUGACAUGCUGGAGAAGGAAAAUGAGUGGAUGGACGCAGGAACCAAAAAGAAAGCCAAAGAAAAGGCAAGAGCUGUUUUGUCAAAAGUUGGCUAUCCUGAGUUUAUAAUGAAUGAUACUUAUGUUAAUGAAGACCUCAAAGCAAUCAAGUUUUCAGAAUCUGACUACUUUGGCAACGUCCUGCAAACGCGCAAGUAUUUAGCACAGUCUGAUUUCUUCUGGCUGAGAAAAGCUGUUCCAAAAACAGAGUGGUUUACAAAUCCAACGACGGUCAAUGCCUUCUAUAGUGCAUCCACCAACCAGAUCCGAUUUCCAGCAGGAGAGCUCCAGAAGCCUUUCUUUUGGGGAACAGAAUAUCCUCGAUCUCUGAGUUAUGGUGCUAUAGGAGUAAUUGUUGGACACGAAUUUACACAUGGAUUUGAUAAUAAUGGUAGAAAAUAUGAUAAAAAUGGAAACCUGGAUCCUUGGUGGUCUCUUGACUCCGAAGAAAAGUUUAAGGAAAAAACAAAGUGCAUGGUUAACCAGUAUAGCAACUAUUACUGGAAGAGAGCUGGCUUAAAUGUAAAAGGGAAGAGGACCCUGGGAGAAAAUAUUGCCGAUAAUGGAGGUCUGCGGGAAGCUUUUAGGGCUUAUAGGAAAUGGAUAAAUGACAAGAGGCAGGGAGUUGAGGAGCCUCUGCUACCAGGUAUCACAUUCACCAAUAACCAGCUCUUCUUCCUGAGUUAUGCUCAUGUCAGGUGCAAUUCCUACAGACCGGAAGCUGCCCGAGAACAAGUCCAGAUUGGUGCUCACAGCCCUCCGGAGUUUAGGGUCAAUGGUGCUAUUAGCAACUUUGAAGAAUUCCAGAAAGCUUUUAACUGUCCAUCCAAUUCCACGAUGAAUAGAGGCACGGAUUCCUGCCGACUCUGGUAA